UCCUGCUUCAAGACACCUGAGGGAUGCAGUCCCACAGAAACAGAAACUGCCACUAUGCGUGGGAACCAAAGGAACUGACCCACAUUUUGCUCUCGUUUCUUCUUCAUCCUUAGGAGCAUCUUGAAGGCUUCUUGUUUGAAAGAAGAAGAAAAGGAGAAGAAAUCAACGGCAACAUUUUUUGUUUCAAUUCAUGCAACUUUUUCAAAAGAGGGACGCAAGUUGCCCUCUUUCCCACUCUUCGAGCGAUGCCCCCCCAGGAGAUACUGGAUUACUCGCCCACCUUGCGAAGAUGCAGCACUCCUAGCCGAGGCAGCGGCUCAGAGCUGGGCAUCAAAUGUGUCCUCCUCGGAGAUGGGGCUGUGGGCAAAACCAGCCUGAUUGUGAGCUACACCACAAAUGGAUACCCAGAUCAGUACCAGCCAACGGCACUGGACACCUUCUCAGUUCAGGUCCUGGUAGAUGGUGCACCGCUUCGUAUCCAGUUGUGGGACACAGCAGGACAGGAAGACUUUGAUUGCCUCCGCUCACUCUGCUACCCUGAUACUGAUGUCUUCCUGGUCUGCUUCAGUGUUGUAAACCCCACAUCCUUCCAAAACAUUACAGAGAAAUGGGUCCCUGAAAUACAAACUCACAACCCUCAGACUCCAGUGGUGCUGGUGGGGACACAGGCUGACCUGCGGGAUGAUGUCAACGUGCUGAUCAACCUGGACCGCUACAAUGUAAAGCCUGUGCCAAGAACUCAGGCUGAAGACCUAGCUGAGAAAAUCCGGGCUCAGACUUAUGUAGAGUGCUCUGCUCUGACUCAAAAGAACCUGAAGGAGGUUUUUGACACAGCCAUAAUCAGUGCAGUAGAGCACAAGGCCCAGCAGGAAAAGAAAAUGACAGCCAAAGGGAUCAAAACCCUCUCCAAAUGCCGAUGGAAGAAAUUCUUCUGUUUCGUCUGAAGCUGGUUUAGCCUAUGAGCCAGGACUGAACCUCACACCUUCGCCCACAGAGAGUGAAGUGACUAUCUAAUGGCUCCGACAUGGGGAGUGUUGUAAGCCAAGGUGACAUGGAGCUCCAGCUCUUGCUGGGUUAUGGUAGAACUUGCCUGGAAGAAAGGAAGUGGACCCAUGUAAGCACCAGGCUACCGGAUGGGCCAUGCAGCCUUUAAGCAACAGGGGUAGUUUGCUGUUUCACAUACUGAGUUCAGUGUUAAAGAACAACCAGGUAUAUUGUGUGAGAUAUCCAAGAAGCAUGGCCAGGUUCCAGAACCUCCCAAAGGCUUCAUAACAUCAUAAUUAAACCUUGAUUUAAAACCUGAGAUAUAACUUGGAGGGUUAUAUCUCAUUUUCAAGACAUGGAUAAGGAUAGAGGGAUUUCUCCAGGGUGACGACAGUGCAGAAUAAUGUGGGCCUGCUCAAGUGAAAGCAUCACUUGAACUUUCCCUUCAAUCCUGCUUAAAAGUAAACCCACAAGAUACAGUAGAGAAGGGGUGUUUUGUGCAAAGGAGUAUCAGUUUUGUGCACACCCUUAAAAGGACAAAAGACCUUCUAACAAAAUGAUGUGAAAAGAUCCCUAUGGUUCCACAAACCCUGUGUAACGAAGGGCUAAUUCUGAAGCAAUGUUUGGACCCCAUGGGAUGAUUUCUUUGACGUGGUCCCAUGAGCCUAGAUAUGUGAGAAAUGUAUUUAAUGCUUUUUUGUGGUGGUGGUGGGGAAUCUGUAAGCAGAUUUCAACAGGAAUGUGGGGGCUCACUGUGGGGAUUAUCCCUGGAAAAGCUACAUGCCCAACCUGCUCUGAUGUUAAUCUUUCCAACUGAAUGCACUCACCAUAUCACUUCAAACAUCGUCCCUUGAGUACAUAAAUUCUGAAUCUAAAUAUUUCUUGUCCAAUCCUCCUCACAAGGACCCAGGUGUCCAUGUGAGGGCAUUAAUAAUACCUUUUUUUAGUAACAUGUUAUCCAAUACCAUACCACCAACUAGUGCUAUCCAAAGAAAUGAGCAUGCCC